UAAUUGUUUAUAUGUAACAUUUUUUAUUAGAAAAUAUAAAAAAUAUUCUAAUAAUGUUCGUCUCGUAUUCAGAUGGAAAAAAUCCCAAUUACGCCACAGAUUCUACGAACGGCUGUGAGAGAAUUACAAAAACAUCAAUUGUUUGUUACAUCAAAAAAUUUAAGAGAUUAUAUAUGUAGACAUUAUCCAGUUGAAACUGAUUUCAAAAUUCUCGAGCAGGAAUUACAAGAAAAAUUGAAAUAUGCUGUUUGUGUCAAAUUGCUCACUAAACAUGGAGACGAUCAAUAUUGCAUACCAACUUUACGAGAAGAAGCUAAUGCUGUUAAAACAGCUAUCAGUGCAUUUUGGGAAAUAUACAAAAAUGUAAUAUAAUUAAUCCUUUUUAUGACAAUUUUUAUAGC